AUGUCCUUGUACACUUCAUCCACACACCAAUGUGGGCGGCAACUGACUCAGUUGGGCUUUGCAGGACCUCAGCGACGUGGUGUUAGCACACUCACAGGAGUGCGGCGGCAACAAUCACCGAUUUCACUACGAGGCCGUCGCUACUCAAAGAGUAAGGGCACUGGUGCAGCAUCGGCGUCCUCGAAGCGAAACCUUCUGUCGCCAUUCGGACAUGUUCUUCAGGGCUCAUCGCGUGGCCCACAAGGCCUUUUCGUGGAGCCGCUAGAGGCGUGGCUUUCCGUGCUCGCAGACUCCGUUCCCUUUUACAAGGACUGUCUCGUGAUUUGCCCUUCCACCGCAUCAGACGGGCAGGUUCGGCGCGUGUGGAACCGCUGUCGGCAGCAUAUCCCCGCUGCCCAUGUCGGUGCACUGACGCCGCGCAAGUACAAGGGAGUCCAGACAGCCGCCGCAGAUGCUGCCCAAACUCUGCUGUCUCUGCCGAACGGCACCUCCGAAGGUGAUACAGCUGGUGUAGAACUACCGAUGCCGCCGCCGGGCGCGUCGUUGGUGCCGCGCGGUGACGGUGGGGACCAUCUUACGAGUGCUUCUACAGCUAGGAUACCUUCCCUGUACUCGCCGCUCGAGCAUGUUUCCCCGGGCUCUCUGGACCUCAUUGUGUUACCAGGUAACGUGUUUGCCCAUGAGAUGCUCUUCGACGCACCGUGGCACUUAUCCCUCGCACACCGCGCUCUGCGCCCGCACGGAGUCGUUGCGAUCCUCGGGCACGUCGCGGAGGCAGGGGUCGCUGCGCCGGAGUGGGCGGCGACGGAUGCGAGGGAUUACAUCGAGAGUACACACUUGGAUGCGCGAGAAACGCUGGGGCUGGCUGCCAGCGACGCUUCCAGAGAGCCGGGCACGGAUGUCGAGCACGUGCGCCAUCUGCGUCGUGCCGUCGAGGUACACGAGACACUGCGCUCCGGCCACGCCGACGUCUUCUUUCCUUUCCCUAGCGUGCGGCGUCGCUGGUUCACAUCCGAGUACGCCCUCCAGCCCGCCCAGCUGGCGGCUCACUACCGCGCAACCCCGCUGUAUCAAGCUCUCUACGGCUCCACGGGAUCCUUGUGGUGGAACAAGAUGCGGUUCAGAGCAGAGGUGCAACAGCGGCGGAGGACGGCUGCUUCGGCGGUGAGAGGCAAUGAGGAGAGCUUUUUCGUCGAUAUUACAGGAGCCUCGCUGGAUGGAACUGCUAGCUUGGGUCAGGGUACCGAAGGUCAUCUGGAGGACCUUGUUGCAGCGUGGUCGCCUCUCGGCGUGCGCCGUCGGCGCGGUAUGAACGAUCCGCUAGACAUGCUGCAGGUCAUUCUGGACGCCCACGUACCCACAGCCAGUGCCUCUGCUGCAAAGCCGCCGCUGCAGGUGCAACUGCACCACUUUGUGCUGACGUGCAGUGCGCGGAGCAUGAACGCGACACCGCUGUCGGAGGGGCGGGCAGGGUUGAACAGGAAUCCAUUUGCAGUGCUUGGGGGAAGGCAGUGUCUCUCUCUCCACGCCAGCGAAAGACCGAGGACGUCUGAUGUGUGA